AUGGUCGAAGUAGAACAGGUGAGGUCUCCUGCUUCAAGUGGGGCCAUCAAAACGCGCCUUCGCGACUUCCUCCUUCCUCCUUUGCCAGCCAACCUCACUCCUUAUCUUUACGAGUAUUCUAUGGAGCAACAUAGUUCAGGAGUUCAGCAUAGCACCGCAGAUGACUUUGUGAUGGUUGAACAUGCUACGCAAGGUGGCACGAAGGCGAAAGAGUCCUACCUUGAUGCCAUUUCGAGCGCCGUCGAGGGCAUUAGCGACGAACUGCGGACCAUCUCCCUUGACAUUCACGACCAUCCAGAGCUACAAUACAAGGAGUUUCACGCCCAUCAAAUCCUCACGGAUUAUCUACGGAAUCAAGAAGGGUGGAAAGUGACUCCCUCAGCGUACGAUAUCAAGACCGCAUUUGUUGCUGUAUUCGACAGUGGUAGAGAAGGCCCGGUAGUAUCAUUCAACGCUGAGUAUGAUGCAUUGGCCGGCAUUGGGCAUGCCUGCGGGCAUAACCUCAUAGCCAUCGUGUCUCUGGGAGCUGCUCUGGCGACUGCUGAGCUGCUCCGACAGAAAGAUAUCGGUGGCAGAGUUGUGUUGUUUGGCACGCCAGCAGAAGAGGGCGGUGGCGGCAAGAAGCGACUACUAGACGCUGGCGCGUACAAAGACAACCAGGUUGAUAUCUCACUGAUCACGCACCCUGGCAUCUCACCUGACGCUGCGCUGGUGCGGACUGCUGCGUACUCUGCUUUAAAAGUCGAGUUCUUUGGAAAGGAGGCACAUGCUGCGGCUCGUCCCUGGGAUGGGAUCAACGCUCUGGACGCACUUAUUAUAGCCUAUAACUCCAUAAGCGUCCUUCGACAGCAGACCCAGGCCGGCGACAUCAUACAAGGCCAAAUCACAAACGGUGGACUACGACCGAACAUCAUACACGCCUACGCAGCAGGCAGAUUCGUUGUCCGCUCAAGCUCCAAGAAGCGUCUCGAGGCUCUAGUCAAGCGUGUCACAGCCUGCUUUGAGGCUGGAGCACACGCGACCGGGGCUGAGUUGAAGGUUACACCCGGUAUGUCCUACAGCGACCAUGUCCCCAAUCGUGCUCUUGGUAGGCAGUACAGACAGUCCUUCAACCGACUAGGUGGUCGGAUCCCAACGGAAGAGCUUGACAUCCUCGAUGCAGUUACACAGGCUUCCACCGACCAGGGAAAUAUAAGCCACGCGUACCCCAGCAUAUCUCCGAACUUCUGGAUACGGUCUGAGAGCGACGGUGGGGAACAGCUCGGCGGCCCGCACACACCUGAUUUCGAAAAGGCCGCUCGAAGCGAAGAGUCGCAUGAACUUGCGAAGAGGGCUGCGAAGGCAUUGGCUGCGACGGCGGUUGGGGUUCUCACGGAUCCAGACUUACUGGCUGACGCGAAGAAGGAGUUUGAAGACAUGGUCGAGACUGAAGGGAGGGCAUGA